AUGGCAAGAGUACAAUACCAGUUUUUGAGAAGUCUCUUUGCUACAGGUAGCAACAGUCCUGUAUACCCCAAUACAACACCGUUAAAUCGAUCAUGGCUUCCAGGGUACCCCCACAUCGCCUUGAAUGAUUCCCUCGCCCUUUCAAAUUUCCUUAUAGGAGAGUUGGAGUGCUCAGACCUUGAUGAAAUGACAAGCUUUCUCUGGAUGAUGACAUCCCAAUCUAGCGCAAAUAUACCCGCGCUUCAUUGGCAACACGUGAAGGGCCGAGACAUUGUCCUUACGGAAGACCCCAAACUACAUCUUAUCUGGUCAUACGACAAAAUAUAUAUCAAGCCUGUACCAACAUAUCUCCUGUCCCGCAGCUUCUGGGAGUCAUAUAUCUUGGAUCGUUCCACACAAUUCAGCACUCACCAAACUCACGAAAAGAUUCGUACCAGUGCGCUGGGAUUUCUUCGAUCCUACGCCUAUCUGAUACGCCACGAGUCUGACCUGCGCAUCGCAAAGGAUCCAAACUUGACUCUUGUUCCGCCAUCUCUGACAUGGAACAAAUGGUGUCUUCUACGAGCUGCGCUUCUCCAGAUUCAAGACAAUGAGGUAUCAGGCAGAUAUGGCUUUGGUGAGAUUCGGCUUACAAGGUUGAAUUCUUGGACCAAACUCCUGUGCAGGCCAACCUACCAUCGCACACACCCACAGUACGGAGAGUAUUUCGCAAGAUUCUACGCUCCACUCCUUUUCUUCUUUGGCGUUGUCUCUGUGAUGCUAAGCUCUAUGCAACUGGUGGCAGCCGUUGAACAGAUUGAAGAACAGUGGAAUUUUCUACUGGGACUGUACCGAACUUUCAGUGUGGUUGUAUUCCUGGUCACUUCUUUACUAGCAUGUGUCUUCGUGUUGGUACUUCUAGUGAAAAUUAUAAAGGAAUGGAAGUUUGCAGUGAGCGUUCGGCACGCACAGAGAGGCAGGAGAUAUCCUAAGAACGCUGUGGAUAGCUCGAUAGUCUAG